AUGGAUUUAUUGACCUUGAUCGAGCAAUUCAUAUCCCAAUGGUGGACAAUCGCUGUUGCUACGCUCAUAAUAUUCUCUGUUUAUUCUUGGGGUAUUGCACCUUUUCGCGUUCUGAAAAACACUUUCGACGACAAAGUUCCAGGACCCACAGCUCUUCCAUUCAUCGGUAACAUGCUCGAUGCAGUAAGACAUAAAGGUCAGAUGCAUUUGCAAAUUGACGAGUACUACAAAAGAUAUGGAGACGUGUUUGGCAUGUACUUGUUGGGCAGCUUACCUACUCUGGUGAUAUCUGAUUUAGACAUGGUCAAAGAGGUCUUUGUUAAGAAAUUUCAAGCUUUUCGAGACCGGCCUGUAAGUUUUGCAAAUUGAGUCGAACUACUAUAACAGAGUAACUAAGAGGGGCGCCGCUUGCAGGAUCGGGGAAGGGUGGGGCUUGCUAUGAAAAAUGCUGGUAUGGGAGGAGAGUGGGGGACCGGAAGAAUCUGGAGCUGAAGGGGUACGAACGGCAGGAGAGAAGCCGGGGGGGGACUUAUGCAACAAUGCUUAAUAUUUUGCAAUCAUGAAAAGGACUAGAUUAAAGAGAGGACGCCAGAAUAAAGAGGCAAGAACUUGGAAUAAAAGAUAAAGGAGGAGAGUGGUUUCAACCUUCCUCUGUCCCACCCAUGUUAGAUUAUUAAUUUAUUCAUUCCAAUAUUGCACCCAGUUUAUAGUCUUCUUUUGUUAAUUGAAAAUCAUGACAUUGCAGGGCUUGAACAGUAUAACUUUCAACUUCAAGUGCAGCAGGCAACGGUAUCAUAUGAAAUGUGGGGGAAGGGAAAGGAUGUGGCACCAGGUGGUUUUAUGCACUCAAAUGGCUCUAACUUUUAUAAAAAUGUGAUGAAUGACAGAUUUCGUUAAGCAAAGAAUUAAAAUAAAAGUACUGCCAAAAAAACUUAAUUACAGUUGAGUGUUUUCAAGAAACAGUCUGACAUAAUUCACUGAGUUGCUCUUUUCUUUCUGAUACUUGCAGGUUGUGAAUAGCCUCGUAAGCAUUGAGCAUUUUUUGUUGUCUUUAAUCAUGUGUAUGUUGUUUUUGCAGCUUAUGGUGAAGGUUCCAGAACCCUAUGACAAAAUGCUAAGUCUUGCUGAAGGUGAAGACUGGAGGCGGAUCCGUAACACCCUGAGUCCCACAUUUAGUGCGCACAAAAUGAAACAGAUGGUUCCACUCAUGGAACUCUGCUUGUGA